CUGUCAUACGUUAGUUGUAUUAAUAUCUAUUUCUUUUUUAUAUUACACAGUAUUUAUCAAAUAAAAAAUGGCACCAAAGAAAGACAAAGGAAAGGGUAAAGAAGAGGAACAAAAAGGUGGCGGUACUUUCACAGAGGUUGAGAGGACUUUCCUUGAACUACAAGUGGCCGAGUGUAAUCGAAAAAUAGCAAGAUUGCGUUCAGCUGUUGAUGAAUAUGAACAACGAAAUGAUGAGUUACAAAAGGCUUAUGAUAAAUUAGAUGAAGAUAGGGCCGACAUUAUUGCAUACUUAAAGAAAACCCUUAAUCUGAAAAAUGAAGAGAAUAAUGAGCUCAAAGAUAAAGUUAAAGGUCUUGAAGAAACGAGAGAAAUUGAAACAGCUCGAUUUAAAGAAACUGUUGCUGAGUUAGAAAGAAAUUUCACUUUGAUGAAAGAUCAACUAACAUCAGAAAAUAAACUACUGGCAGGUAAAUUGAAUACGCUUGAAGAAUUUAGAGCUAUAAGGGAUGAUUUAAUGCGUAAAUUUGAGAAACAAGAGCAGGACUUUAAGGAUCAAGAAAUGAAAUAUAAAAGAAUUAUAUAUGAUGCGGAGAAAAAAUUUGUAAUUGGCAAAGAUAAAUUAAAAAAAGAAAUGGAAGCCCGAUUAUUGCAGCUAGCACAAGAUUUUCAAGAUGCUACUGAGUUAAGAAUUGCCGCAUCUACGCACAGAGUGAUAAGAGAAAAUAUAGCAAUAAAUAAUGAACUCGAUAACAUUCUGUCUACACAAGCGAAAUUGGCAGAGCAAAAUGAGAAAUUUAAGGAAAAUGAAAAGGCUGCUCGCAUAGCUAAAGAGUUAGCAGAAGAGGAAAGAGACAAAGCAAUAAAUAAAAAUGUUGUACAGCUCAAAGUUAUAGACCAGUUAACUACCGCUUUUCAGGAAAUGAAAAAAAAUAAGGCAUUAUCCGAUAAAAGAAACUACGAUUUUGAAACUCUACAAGUUAAAAUACAAAAGUUAACAAAAGAAAAUGAAAAUCUUUCUCUUCAAGUUCGUAUUUUGGAACAAAAUUUACAUGCACGAAUGACUGACCAGAAUAAAGCUGUGAUAGAAUCUUCUAAAGUAACAAAAGAAUGUGCCAAGUUAAGAAGUAUCUUAAAAGAAGCAGCAGUUGCUGUACAAGCUGCAUUAAAAUUAGACAAGUGGGCAACAACAGAUCCCACUAGAGAAGUAAUGGAUAGGCAAAGUCUAUUGUCACGUUUGCUUGAUAUAAUAACGCAAUAUAGAGAACUUGAACGAGUAGAAUCUAUAGAUACACUUGCUUCAUUUGGGAAAGUUUACGAGGAAGGUGACCUUGGAUUUAUUCCUAAGCCUUUGGCAAAGAAAUCGGCCACAUCUGCUAUUACUUCAUUUGUUUCUAAAGAAUCCAUCAAAGCAGAGAAACGUAGCUCUUCUGCUCUAUCUAUUUCUUCAUCUUCUCUUGGCAGUAUCAAAACUGUUCCUAGUAUGAAGCUCAUACCAGCAUCAUCUGAUAUACAAGUGGCACCAAAGGAUAGCCUCCCAUCAUUUGUAACUUCCACCAAAUCUACAGAAAGUGAAAGUGCUGCAGAGGAAUCGGAGGGUGAAGAAAUGACGGAUGUGGAAAAAAUGUUAGCCGCUAGCAAACUAGAAAUACAAAAGUCAAUUAUGAAGGAUUUAGCAUAUUCUCAAAUAGGUUUACAUUCACAAUCUAAAGUUGAUGAUGAUCAUGAAAAGAAAAUUUCAAAAUCUGCAGUAAUCUUUGAAGAAGGCGAAAAAAGUGAUAUAGCAACUGCGGUAGAAAAAGAAGAGGUAGGUGAUGAACAUACAGAGGGCGAUGAUAAAUCAAGCGAUGCUAGUGAUGCAGCGGAAGAGACAGAGGAUCCAACAGAAGAAAAAUCAGAAAACGCCGAAUGAAAUGUAUUUAGAAUUACAUAGAUAUUGUAUUUUUUGACGAAUAGUAUUUACAGAUAAUGUAAUUUCUUUGUCAUAUUUUUUCAAUAAAGAACUAAU